CGGAAGUGUGUGUAGUGGUUCCGGUUUUGGGUUUGAUGACGCGGCUGUGCUCUGGGCUUCGUGUUUGUGCAGGUUUAAAGUCUCAGGUGUCGGCUCCACAGGAGUUUUUUUUUUCCUUCAUAAACAGUUUUCUCGUCUUUUCUCAGUGAAGAGGACCUCUCUGUGGGACAUCAUGGUUCUGGCAGAUUUAGGACGAAAGAUCACCUCAGCCCUGAGGUCGCUCAGCAACGCCACCAUCAUCAACGAAGAGGUGUUAAAUGCCAUGUUAAAGGAGGUGUGUGCUGCUCUGCUGGAGGCCGACGUCAACAUCAAACUCGUCAAACAACUGAGAGAGAACGUCAAGUCAGCCAUAGAUCUGGAGGAGAUGGCGUCUGGUCUGAACAAACGGAGGAUGAUCCAACACGCCGUGUUCAAGGAGCUCGUCAAGUUGGUGGAUCCUGGAGUCAAGGCCUGGACUCCGACUAAAGGAAAGAACAACGUGAUCAUGUUUGUGGGUCUACAGGGCAGCGGCAAAACCACCACCUGCUCCAAGUUGGCCUAUUAUUACCAGAGGAAAGGCUGGAAGACCUGCCUGAUCUGUGCAGACACUUUCAGAGCAGGAGCAUUUGAUCAGCUCAAACAGAACGCCACCAAAGCCCGGAUCCCCUUCUACGGCAGUUACACGGAGAUGGACCCGGUGGUGAUCGCGGCCGAAGGCGUCGACAAGUUUAAAUCUGAAAACUUUGAGAUCAUCAUCGUGGACACGAGCGGACGCCACAAACAAGAGGACUCCCUGUUCGAGGAGAUGCUCCAGGUCUCCAACGCCGUGCAACCGGACAACAUCGUGUACGUGAUGGACGCGUCGAUCGGUCAGGCCUGUGAGGCUCAGGCCAAAGCCUUCAAGGACAAAGUGGACGUGGCCUCGGUCAUCGUCACCAAACUGGACGGGCACGCCAAAGGGGGCGGAGCUCUGAGCGCUGUGGCGGCCACUCGCUCGCCCAUCAUCUUCAUCGGGACGGGCGAACACAUCGACGACUUCGAACCCUUCAAGACCCAACCCUUCAUCAGCAAACUGCUCGGAAUGGGAGACAUCGAGGGUUUGAUUGAUCGAGUGAACGAACUCAAACUGGACGACAACGAAGAACUCAUCGACAAACUCAAGCACGGUCAGUUCACACUCAGAGACAUGUAUGAACAGUUCCAGAACAUCAUGAAGAUGGGCCCCUUUGGACAGAUCAUGGGGAUGAUUCCGGGUUUUGGGACGGACUUCAUGUCCAAAGGAAACGAACAGGAGUCGAUGGCUCGUCUCAAGAAACUCAUGACCAUCAUGGACAGUAUGAACGACCAGGAGCUGGACAGUAAAGACGGGGCGAAGCUCUUCAGUAAACAGCCCAACAGGAUCCAGAGAGUAGCUCGAGGUUCUGGAGUGGCCACCAGAGACGUCCAGGAGCUUCUCACACAGUACACCAAGUUCGCCCAGAUGGUCAAGAAGAUGGGCGGCAUCAAGGGCCUCUUCAAAGGAGGAGACAUGUCGAAGAACGUGAACCCGUCUCAGAUGGCAAAACUGAACCAGCAGAUGGCAAAGAUGAUGGACCCACGAGUCCUGCACCACAUGGGUGGGAUGGCAGGUUUGCAGUCGAUGAUGCGGCAGUUCCAGCAGGGGGCGGCGGGGAACAUGAAAGGCAUGAUGGGAUUCAACAACAUGUGACCUGCCCAAAUACGGACUUCCUCUUGUGCCCAAAUAAGGACUAUAAGGCCCCCUGCCCCCGCCCACUUCCAGGCAGGGGGCGGGGCCAAUAAACGCAAUGAAAAACAC